AUGGCGCGCAGGGAGGACGCCAACUUCAGAGUAGUCGUGCGGAUACGGCCCCUCAUAGACAGAGAAAAGAGCGCUGGAGAUAGGAUUAUUGUCUCCGCGAAUGAUACUCAAGUAGUGAUAAAAGAGCAAACAGGGAAUCCUGCUAUUGACGCAUAUGCACCUCAGCAUCGCUUCACAUUUGACCGGGUUUUUGGUCCAUCAACAACACAGGAAGAAAUAUUUGACAGCUACGUAAAGGAUACCGUUGAACUAGUUCUCCAAGGCAUCAACUCCACGAUCUUCACGUACGGCCAGACGUCGUCUGGAAAGACGUAUACCAUGGUCGGGGGUUCUAGUCCACAAACGCUUGGAAUUGUUCCUAGAGCUGUUGUCAAAAUCUUUGAUCUCAUCGCCCUCCAAAGCGGAGACAAAACAGUUCCCUAUUCUCGUGAGCUUGCUGAGGAGGAACACUUGCAGAUCAAUGCGCAGGAUGGGGACCUUUUAAGGGUUCGCAGAAAAUAUCUCCUCUGGGUCAGCUACAUGCAGAUAUACAACGAAUCUAUCAAUGAUUUGCUAAGCCAGGACCCCACAAAGGACAUUAAAGUGCGUGAAAAUUCAAAGAACGAAACCUUCUGUGACGGACUUACUGAACACAUAUGCAAAACCCCAGCUGAUAUCCUGCGGCUUGUCCAGCGUGGAAACUCGGUACGCUCAACAGAACUGACGCGUAUGAACGAGCUCAGCUCACGCUCGCACGCAAUACUUUCCAUUGCUGUCGAGCAAGCAGUUCAGGUCAAGAAUACGUCGGACAGGACCUCCGAGCCAACGGAAAUCUUCAAGAUGGCUAAGUUAAAUUUGGUCGAUUUGGCAGGCUCUGAGCGUGUUUCUCAGUCAAAGGUGGACGGGCAACGACUAGAAGAAGCCAAGCGAAUUAACUCCAGCCUUACAGUCUUGGGCAAUGUAAUAAGCGCGCUAAUAGCCCAAUCACAGGGGAAGCGUAGCCAUAUUCCCUACAGGGACUCCAAGCUCACACGGGUCCUGCAGGACUCACUGGGCGGGAACUGCAUAUCCGUUCUGUGUACCAAUAUUAGCCCCGCCUCCAGUUGCUUCCAAGAGAGCCUUAAUACGCUUAAAUUUGCGGAUCGGGCGAAGCAAAUUAAAAACAAGGUCGGGGUUAAUGAAACAGUUGAUGAUAACACCCUUUUGAAAAGAUAUGAGACUGAGAUAAGAACUUUGCGGAGCGAACUAGAAAGAAGACGGGUGUCAACAUCUGGCGCAUUCUCAUUGGGCCAAGAGCAACCAGCAAAACCCUUACAGUAUUCCAAGCUUACUCCGACAUUUUCCAAUGCUGACGGCUUUAGUGAUCCUGGUUAUGGAAUAAUCUUGGCAACUCUCGAGCAGAGGACACGGGAGUCUCUUCAAGAAAAGAAGGAACGGCGCCUCCUUGAGGAGAAGAUAGCAACGUUAGAGAGCCAGAUAGGCUCCACUGGGCUAAAGGGUGCUCUUGAGCGCAACCUCUCCGCCUCAGAAGCGGAUAUUACAAAGACCAACAGUCUUCCGUGCAGCCCGCAGACAGCUCAGGCAAAGGCCAGAGAUUAUACCCGUAUGAAGCAGGAGUAUGAGCGCCGGCUACAUUUACUAGAAAAGGAGAGGAAGGCUGUCUCUGGAGGGUCACUAGCCCUCUACGAGAAUGUGCUUAUGAAGCAGAAGGACCUGUUACUCGCUAUUUCAGAGAGGCUAUCUGAUCGUGAAGAGGCAAUUGAGACGUGCACAGAAGAGCUGACGCAGAGGCGCACUUAUGAGAGAGUGCUGAACUGUAAGGCCUCUAUGCUAAAGGAGGCUCUUCGAAUCCUUCAGGGAAAAGUACAAAAGAUGCUUCCUGAAGCAGGACUACCAACCUUUGUUUACGAUGAUGAGACCCUCAAUGCAGGUGCUCUGGCUAAGAUAAGUGGUGAGACAGGAGAAGAAGUGAGCUUUGAUGAGCUCUCAGGUUCUGCUAGUAGUGAUAGAUUCUCGCGGUCCAAGAGCAUUGGUAAGCUGGCAGUAUUAAUGGAAGCAAACCUCCAGGCUUUGAGGGAGGCUGAUAGUAAUCUAAGAAAGAACGACUCCGGGGCAUAUACUGAUUUAUUAGAAAAACAGUGUGAUAGGAUAGAGGAAAGUGUUGAAAAGUUGACCGAAGAGCUUGCUAGUCGAAGAGCUGAACUGACACGUCUCCAGAAGCUGAUGACCCCCGAUGGACAGGUAGAGCUAGUGAAGUUUAAAGCAACCGGUGACUACCCUGCCUUGCUGACUCAUCUUUCUACUAACGCAGAGCUUCUUCCUCUACGCAACAAGAUCACCGCUUAUUCCAAGGAAUCUACUGCUCUCCAGACAGUCAUAGAUAAAAAGAUAGCCCCUUUGGUAACUGCUAUGAAGCAGUAUGCAGCACAAGAGAAUCAGCAGAACCUUUGUGCAUGUUACCAAAAGCUAACGACUCUGAUUGAUGCAACCGUCUCCGCCCUAAAUGUGACUGCCGGGGACUAUUCUGCAGAAUAG